AUGGUGUCGAGGUUCAUGGUGAUGCCACUGGUCGCGGCUAUGCUUCUCUUUUCCGGCGCCAAGGCAAAGCUGAUCCCGUAUGACAAGCUGGUCUGGUUCGUCCUCCUCAUGGAAGGGUGCAUGCCGUCGGCGCAGAACAGCGUGGUGAUCCUGCAGAUGGAGAAGAAGCCGGAGCUGGCCUCUUCGAUGGCCAAGACCCUGACGGCGGUGUAUCUCCUCUCGGCGGUGCCCAUCGCCUUCCUGCUGUCCGCCAUCCUACAGUUCGUGCAGCUCUGAUUGGUUCGUAUUUCUCCCCUCUUUUUUUUAAUAUAACGCAGUAAAUCCAUCUCUUUUCAAACAUGAGGAUCUGCUCGGAUUGGAUCGUGUUUUUAUUCUAUUGUCAUCAUAUACAGCGAAUCCACCUCUAUCCAUAGAUGAGGGUCUGCUCUGACUGGUCCGUUCGUUUUUUUUUUCGUUCCGAACGAUCUGAUAUCUUGGGGGUGAAAACAACACCGAUGAGCGGCACUCUUGCCGGCGUGCACCUACCGGCCGUUUUCUUUUUAUGAUGUGGUUCCGGUUCGGGAUGAUUUAGAGGUCAGGCUUGGUUCAUUUCCUGUUCUCGGGGGGAGGGGGGGGUGGUUCUGUGCGGUCCGAUUGUUGCCGACUCGUUGGCAGACAAAUUCGAAUCUGAGAGAUUCGACGCGCGGCGGCUCGUCUGGCGUCCGAUCACGUGACUUCUCUGGUUGUCCCCCCAUCGGCACACCCUUUGUGGUGGUGGUGCUGCUGCUGCUGUUGCUGCUAUGCUAUUGACUAGUUGUACCGCGCUGUAAGAAUUGUAUCGGGGACUCGAUUUUUGUUUAGAACGAACACGACAUGAAAGGAAGUCGAUUGCUGAAGUCUUAGCCCACUUGACCAGAGAAGACGUGUCGACGUUCGUCCUUCCGGUUGAACAAGGUGCAGCAAUGCUUCGCCGAUGGUUGGAUUUUGCUGGAAUGAUCGGAGGUUCCUUCAGAAGUCAUUUGAGACAGAUGCGAGUUUGGACGCUGCAUGGUUUUUUGUUUUUUUUUUCUUCUGAUACUGGCUUGGUGCUUUUCUGCGAAAAAAGGUGGAGGUGUUUUGAGUCGGGCAGCGCUUACAAAAAAGAACGAAAAUGAAGCGGCCAUCACGCUGUUGGGGGGUGCUUUGGCCUUGGGUCAGGCCUUGCGACGGUCGGCACGCUAGCCGGAUACACUACUAAUUCGUUUGUAUUGGUUCACAAACAAAAAAGUUACGAUUUAAAACUUGGCUCUUCGUUCUCAACGGGUCCCAACGGGACGGACGAUCAGCCAUUAUCCUGUUGGGGAUGCUUCGGGGCGUGGGAUAGACAGCCCUGCGGUCGGUUUCACGGUAUAUUGUACCCUGGCGGCACAGUAGGACUGUAGUCUGCCUCCUACUGCCUAGAAGCAGUGCAGGCUUCCGGGGAAAGGGUCAAUCUUCCCUGCUCUCCUGUCCGAACGCCGCGUACGUUCUGGCCGUGUGUUGUGUUUUUUAUCGUAGACUUAAAAAUCAGGGGUUUUGGCUUCACCCCUCUCUAUCUCUCUGUGUGGUGGAUCAUCGAUUUCGUUUCCUUUGUUUGUUGCUCGCUGUUCGGAUUUCUUGUCUUUUCAUUUUUUUACUUUUUUUUUUCUUUUAUUUUUUUACGAGCUGCUCUAAUAACAGAGAGAUGCUGUAUUCGACUGUUCAAGGUUUUCGAUGUUGGGUGUCUUCUCUUUGUAGCACUGUUGUCUGUUUCGUUUAGUCUUCCCGGCGUUACCAGGGAGAACGAAGCGUGUGGUCUCGUGCUGUUUGCCACACGUACGCCGCUGCUGCUGCUACUGCUGCUCUGCUGCUGUUGGUGGUGGUGCCGUACGCUACUGCUACGUGCUGCUGCGUGCUGCGGCGUACCAGUUUUGUUUUGUUUUUCGGGGGAGACUUGCGGCUGCUGUGUUUAGUGCUGUAGUGCUCGCUUGUAGUGCUUGUGGCCUUGUGUAGUCGGGGGGCGAAACUGAUGUCCUUCUUGUGAUCGUCUCGUCCAAAAGGGAGGUGAGGGCGAGAUUGGGGAGAAAGUGAGAGCGAGAAAGAGAGAGACAGAAAGACAGGAGGUCCUCAUAUUCGUUGUUUGUGAUUUUCUCUUGGCGAGGGAGAGAGACAGGGCGGA